AUGGCUAAUCGAACACCAUUCCAUGUUUCCUUUGUUGUGAUCAGCUUGCUUGCGCAUCUUUCUUUCUCUAUCAGCCAAAAAACCCCGUUGACUUGCUCAAAAAUUAUCACACUCGACAAAGGCGAAUGUGUAAAGGCUCGAGAUUCGAUUUCCUACACGCCGCGUGGUACAACCAAACCAAUUGAGCGCGUGAUUCCGGUCAGCUACUCAAAAUGUUUUAUACUAGUCAAUACUACUCGAUCUACGGCGGAAGUUUUUUCCAAGGCAGACAUUGAUAAAAAUAUCAAUCAGAUUCUGGAUAAAUGUUCCAGUCAUGCUGGAAACUACAAACCUGAUACCAAUCUCGAUGUGCAGAUUCGCGAUAUUCCUAGUUAUCUUACCAAUGUUUAUGGCGCCUUUCAACACAUGAAUGAAGCAGUCUGUAAUACAGAUUCAGAUGGUGGAAAAAACGAUAAGAAAGAUUGCACAGAUGCCUUCAACAAGAUUCCUACCAACAAUCUUGAUCAAUUACUGGACAAACCAGGUGGGAAGACAGCAAGCAAAAUCAUAAGUCUGGAAAAAUCAUGUAAAUUAUUUCAAUGA